AUGACUGUCAGCUUUUAUGACAAGGAACUCAGUUUGAUGCGAUUUGUCAUUAAAGAAGGCGACGAACCAGUCAAUAUGGAAGUCUUGUUGAGCACAUUGGGAUCAUCCAAAGAUUCUGCCGUUCGCGCGACGUGUCUCAAGGCGUUGAAUGAGGGAUUGGGCGGAGCCAUGGGUCGUGUCGCCGCUUUGAGUUUGAGCACCGUGUCGGGGUCCUGGCAUAUUGAAAACAAGGAACGAUCCUACAAAAAUCUACGCACACAAAGAAACUUGGGAAAUAAUUGCCCUGACGAAGUUGUCGACAGUCUCCUUGUUGGAGUGCGGACCGCAGGAGUGCCGCUCUGCAAGCGCUACUAUGCACUCAAAAAGAAUAUCCUCAAAAAGACACAAGGAUUGGAAACGUUUCGUUGGUCCGAUCGCAAUGCACCAAUCGAUAUCGAAGGAGGAAAGAAAGAAGAUGAGAAAAUUCCGUGGACGGACUGUGUCAAGAUUGUGGAAAAGGGUUAUCGCUCCUUUUCGCCUCGCAUGGCGGAAAUGUUCAUGGGCUUUGUAAACGAAAAGAGGAUUGAUGUCCCCGCUUCCAAUGGCAAAAAGGGAGGCGCUUAUUGCAGUGCCGCAGUGCCUGGAAUUGGACCAUUUCAGCUCCUCAACUAUGGUGGCACCAAGCGGGAUGUCGCAACCACGGCUCAUGAAAGUGGCCAUGCGGUCCACGAUGUCAUGGCCUAUCCAAAAGGAUACCUUCAGUUCCAUCCGCCUCUCACACUGGCCGAGACGGCAUCCAUCUUUGGAGAAAUGAUUGUCUUUCGGGACCUGCUCGAAAUGGCAAAGUCAAAGGGAGAGCGACUUUCCUUGCUCAUGUCCAAGAUUGAUGAUAUCCUCAACUCUGUUGUGCGACAAUGCUCCUUUGAUCGAUUUGAAGAACUGGCUCAUACGGCGCGACAAAACGGAGAACUCACCGUCGAUGAGUUGGACAAGUUCUGGAUGCAAACGGUGGAAGAGUACUACGGCAAACUGGGUGAUGCAGAUGCUCCCUUUGAGGCGUAUGAUGACAUUACUCACUUGUGGGCGUAUGUGCCGCACUUUCAUCAUGUCCCGUUCUAUGUCUACUCGUACGCCUUUGCUGAUUUGGUGGUGGGUACGCUCUACCACAGUUUCCAGACAACACCGGAUGGAUUUGAAGGACGUUUGUUGGAUCUCCUCGCGGCAGGCGGUACCAAGGACUUUGCCGAAGCGUUGCAGCCAUUUGGGUUGGAUCCAAAAUCCCCUUCGUUCUGGGAAGACGCAAUCAAGGCACAUCUUGGAGGGCUCAUGGCCGAAGCAGAAGCCUUGGCCGCCGAAUUGGGCUACAGUGCGACUGCUUAG